AUGGCCUUGGUGUAUGGGGGAAGAUGGUGGGUGCACCCGGGCUCUGCGCCCUCGGGGCCUCCAGCUGCCAGCCACGCCAGGAGGACGCACGGCCAGAGCUGGGACCUCCGCCCUCCCCGGGGGCGCCAGUCUUUGGAAUCUGGCGACGCCCCCACCUCGCCCCUCGAAGCAGGUGUCAUUAGUUAAAGGCAUCUGCUGAAAGAUUUGGAACAGAAGAAGGUGGCUACUACGAACCAGACCAACUGUAAUACAGAAUCACCCGCAGCCCUGGAGGAGGCCAAGACCCCUGGUGCUCCUGGGAGCCCCCAGACACCCCCUGAGCCUCAUGACCCUGGUAGUUCCCUGCCCCUGACACCCCGGAUAGAGAGCCACUCGGAGGAGGAAGAUCCUACUGGGGCUGGCGGUGGCCUGGGCUGGAACAGUAGGGCUUCCCGGACCCAGAGCCCAGGGGGCAGCUCAGUGGAGGCUGUGCUGGGCCGGAAGAAGCACCGCAGGAGGCCUUCAAAGCGCAAAAGGCACUGGCGGCCCUACCUGGAGCUGAGCUGGGCCGAGAAGCAACAGCGGGAUGAGAGGCAGAGCCAGAGGGCCUCCCGGGUCCGCGAGGAGAUGUUCGCCAAAGGCCAGCCCGUGGCGCCCUACAACACCACCCAAUUUCUGAUGAAUGACCGAGACCCUGAGGAGCCCAACCUGGAAGUGCCCCAUGGGGCCUCCCAGCCAGGCUCCAGCGGGGAGAGCGAGGCAGGGGAAGGCGACGGGCGAGGCCCGGCUCACGGUGAGUUCCAGCAGAGGGAUUUCUCGGAGGCCUAUGAGCGCUACCACACCGAGCGCCUGCAGGACCGCAGCAAGCAGGAGCUGGUUCGAGACUACCUGGAUCUGGAGAGGCGGCUGUCGCAGGCCGAGGAGGAGACCAGGAGGCUGCAACAGCUGCGGGGGUGCACCGGCCCGCAGCCCUGCCGCCAGGUGGAGGAGCUGGCUGCUGAAGUCGAGAGGCUCCGGACAGAGAACCUGCGGCUCCGGCAGGAGAACGAGAUGUGGAACCGGAAGGGCAGCUGCCCCGGCGGGGAGUCGGGCACCUAGGGGGGCUCCUCACCCAGGCUGACCCAGGGAGAAGGUCCCAUUUCAUAUACACUCAGGCCGCUGGGUCUCAGGGAGGCAGGUGGCAGUUGGAAACCACUCCCAGUACCCCUGUGUCCGCUGAGAACAGCUAGAAUCGGUUCAGCCUUCCCACCUUGUCGUUUCCAUAAUGUGUUCUUUGAUGUCUUCGUAUUUUUCUCAAAGAGAUUAAAUAAUUUUUGUGAGGUCA